UCCAACAUGGCCCAGCCAGCCUACUGGGUCCGUUCCAUCUGUGGCCUCCAGUGCUGCCUCCUCCUCCUUCUAGCUUCUCGGAAGGCAGGUGCUACUGCACUUCAAGGACUUCAGAAAACUGGUGAAUCACCAACAUCUAAUCAUUUGUUCCCUCCUGCACCAGGCCCUGGUUGCAGUGCUUUCUCUGACUACACUGCUCCUCAUUCAGGACACAGCUCUCUAGACCUCCUUAAACUGAAAGAACCCUCUACACCAAAACAUCAUUGCAAUACCACACACUCAUCCCAGAGGUUUAACAAAACUAUAGAUAAUUCCAAAAACUCUACAACUCAUCAUAUUGUUUAUGAUAUUCCUCACAGUUCUAACCAAAACUCUGGCCAUCAAAGAAAAAACCCAAUUAUCCAGAAUGGACAGUCUGUUGAUCCUAAAUCCACUAACACACAUAAAGGAUCAUCCGGUACAAAAUAUCCAACAGCAGCCCCCAAGAGAAAAACGACUUGUAAGACCAAAACAGGCAAACCAAUAGUAAGAAGCACAGCUAAUAUUGGAAGAACUCUGGAAAAGGACAACAGAAAAAACAUUACUUUCAAUAGUACACACUCCACCUCACACCAGACGGUAACUCCUUCCCACAAGUCAGCCAAUACAGAGAUCAAAAAGCUCACAUCAUCAUCAGAAAAAAUCUCACCAGCCAUGAGGAUAUCACACAAUGAGACAAGGAGCCCAAAAAGUUCAGGAGUUGAAGAACAUAAAACAGAUAGUAAUCACAUAACUGUACUUGCCUCGGACAAGACUCCGAGAAUGAUUACAGUAUACACAGAAAAGAUUGCACCAGCCGUUGAAAAGACAACACAAACACCAUCAAACUCAACAAAACAAAGACCAAAGACCACAUCAGCAAAUUGUAAGACCACAAGAGCCAAAGUAAACACUCUGAAUCCUGGAGAAAAGUCCUUAUCAGCAGAUGAAAAGACGACAAAGUCCACGGUAAAGCCCCCGGAACGUAGAACAGUAAGAAGCACAGCUAAUAUUGGAAGAACUCAGGAAAAGGACAACAGAAAAAACAUUACUUUCAAUAGUACACCCUCCACCUCACACCAGACCGUAACUCCUUCCCGCAAGUCGGUCAAUACAGAGAAUGAUACAAGAAGCCCCAAAAUGACGACAUUUGCUCAAAAGAAGACCGCAAGAGUCUCAACAAAGUCCACACGGGUUGAACAAGAGACCACCUCAGCCUUUGAAAAGAUUACGCCAUCCCCAGGGAAGCUGAUGGAACAUAAGGACAAGACCACAUGGGCAAAUGAGACCACAAGAGCCCCAGCAAAGUCUACAAAGUGUACAAAAAUUGGAGAAAAGGGCACAUCAGCCACUGAGAUCAUAAAGCCUGCAGAAAAUCCAGGAAAAAAUACAGCAGCCACAGAGACUGUGACACCUCUAGUCAAGGUCACAAGAGACAAAUCUAUCACUACCAUCUCUCCUCGUCCAAACAAAACCAAUUUGACCCAUCAGCUGCUCACUGGUUAUAUUAAAUUCACCUCCAUGCUGGAAACCCCUGGCAACAAAAGCCAUCCAAACCACAACAAAGGCGACUCACAAGGAGGUCUCCAUGCUGCAGAGGUCAGAGAGAAUCCAUUCCCUGCAUGGGCCAUAGUUGUUGUGGUCCUAUUGGCUGUGAUUCUCUUCCUGGUGUUCCUUGGCCUGAUCUUCUUGAUUUUCUACCUAAUGAAAACACGUCGUGCACUCAUCCAGAACACAGAUCCAGAGGAGAACUACCCAGAGAAUGAAGGGGGCCCCAAUUCCUACCCAGUGUACCUGAUGGAGCAGCAGAAUCUCAGCAUGGGCCAGAUCCCUUUGCCACGAUGAUCUUUUAAAAACUGCCCACCACCAGGACUUCCAUGUCCUGCCUUUUUCCUGGAUGAGGACUUAGAUUCACAAUUCCUAUUCCUGCACUCCAGGAAGGGCAAAGUACUGACAGUUAAUAGCAUUAACCAUUCAUCUGCUGUGUUCUCACUGAAACUGGUCAAGGUUUGAGGUGAUAAGCAAGAAGGAUGUGUUUGGGUGAUAGGAAAGAAAGAAUAAAUAAUACAAGCAAGUAUUCUCAGUAGAAGAUGGGGGAUAGGAAAGAAAGAAUAAAUAACACAAGCAAGUGUUCUUGUAGAACAUGAUGGUCUGGGAGCGAAAAGGUGUUUGAUGGAUGCAUAUGGUGGGAGCCAAUACAGGACACUGAGUCUUGGGAGGGACGGCAUGACUAAGCGAAGUUCAGGAGCCUUAAAGGAAAAUGCCCUAGAUCUGACUGCGAAUCAGAGUUUUCGGAGGAGAGACUGAGGACAGCGCCCCCAGGUUUCAGAACCAGUCUACAUUAUUUCCAUCUACUACUACUACUUAGAGUUUGUGUGUAAACAGCCAUGUCUCUGAGUUCCCAGGGCCCUUGCCCCGCUGAACCUCCACUUUUUAAUGAAAAAGAAAAAGGAUUUGAGAAGAAGAGAGAAUAUUUCCUUCUCCUCUCUAUUCCCAGGAGAAAGGAAAAUUCCAGAAAAGAUUAUAAGUAUCUCUCACCCAGAUUGAUCUUCCUUCUUUCUUGUGAAUCCCUUAGCUUUUCCUAUAUGUCUACAGUGGUCAUCCGGCUGGUUUGGCUUGCUGGGUUGUGGGUAGCACGCAUGGAGGGUUUCUGUAUGACCUGCAGUCUCAUCCAUUGAUUCCCAUACAGACCUUCCCUAAUGAUGUUUCCCAUUGAUCAUUCAAUUUCCUGUCUCUUCUACUAAAAGCCAGUAUUGGCUUUUUUAAAUGUAAGAGUUACCUAUCUUCUCUACUGCCGAAUGCUUUCUCCUCAGACCUUCACCCCAGAUUCUGACUUCCUUCUUAUAGGCAUUUCAUCUGUGUAUAUUUUCUGGAUUUUUCUCUCCAACUUAUUAAAGCACUUUGACCUGUUACUGAUUGGGUAGAGGGGGAAAGGGAGAGUCAACAGAUGAUGGAUAGCUUCCUUCUAUCUACUGGUCUUUUUAUAAUAAAGUGUAAAAUAUUUA